GAUGAGGUGAUAACGUGGACAGUUUCAGAACUACACAUGUUCUGGUGGCGAGGAAACGAAAGAAACCCAAAGCUCUUAUGGCCAAAUGGUUUCAUCGUCUCCCUCGCCAUGUCUUGCUAUCAAAUUCCGUUUCUCCUUCGACCCUGUUCAUGUCCUUGAUUGCCGAUGGCUGCUUCGGUAUUCCAGGCGGCUUGCUUCCACCAAUGCAAGUCCAAUCCUCGCAUCUCUUCCAUCUCCAAAGCACCCGCCAGAAGAACGGCAGCAGUUUUGGCGCGAAGCUCUAACGGUCAACAAAACCCUCCUUCCUCUUCCAACGGCUCUCUCUCUCUCAAUGACAAGAAGGCAUUCCCAGGGAAGGCGGAGGCGGAUGUGGUGGUAAUUGGGAGUGGGAUCGGUGGGCUGUGUUGUGCUGGACUUCUUGCUAGAUACGGGCAGGAUGUUGUGGUGCUGGAAAGCCAUGAUCAGCCUGGUGGAGCUGCCCAUUCCUUUGAGAUAAAGGGCUACAAGUUCGAUUCUGGUCCGUCCUUGUUCUCUGGAUUUCAGUCCAAAGGUCUUCAGGCUAACCCUCUUGCACAGGUUCUUGACGCAUUGGGUGAAUCAGUUCCAUGCUCAAGUUACGACUCCUGGAUGGUGUAUGUUCCUGAAGGCGAGUUCUUGUCACGUAUUGGGCCGACAGAAUUCUAUAAGGAUCUUGAAAAGCAUGCAGGCCCUAAUGCAGUUCAAGAAUGGAAGAAACUUCUUGACGCUAUACUUCCAUUAUCAGCAGCUGCAAUGGCCCUGCCACCCUUAUCCAUUCGAGGUGAUCUCGGUGUUCUGUCAACUGCUGCAGCUAGAUAUGCACCUUCUCUAUUAAAAUCUUUUGCUGAGAUGGGUCCUCGGGGAGCCUUUGGUGCAACUAAGCUUCUCAGACCCUUCUCAGAGAUUGUCGACUCCCUAGAACUGAAAGAUCCUUUCGUCCGAAAUUGGGUGGAUCUUUUGUCUUUCCUUCUAGCCGGGGUCAAAUCUACUGGUGUACUCUCAGCAGAGAUGAUUUACAUGUUUGCAGAAUGGUACAAACCAGGUUGUAGCCUUGACUACCCCAUUCAUGGUAGUGGGGCUAUCGUGGAAGCCCUUGUACGUGGGCUUGAGAAGUUUGGUGGGCGUAUCUCUUUAAGAAGCCAUGUCAACAAGAUAGUCGUGGAAAACAAUAGGGCUAUCGGGGUUGAGCUUAGAAGUGGCCAAUUUGUGCGAGCAAGGAAAGCCGUGAUAAGCAACGCGUCUAUGUGGGACACUGCCAGUUUGUUGCCUAAAGAAACACUUCCAAAGUCAUAUGUAGACAGGAUCAACACCACACCUCAGUGUGAAUCGUUCAUGCAUCUCCACUUAGGCUUUGAUGCAACUGGUUUGCGAGAUGAUCUGGGAAUUCAUCACAUAGUCGUGAAUGAUUGGGAGAGGGGAGUGGAUGCGGACCAGAACGUGGUUCUUAUAUCAGUUCCUAGCGUUCUCAGUCCAGACUUGGCUCCUCCAGGGAAGCAUGUCUUGCAUGCCUAUACCCCUGGAACUGAGCCAUUUGAGCUGUGGGAAGGGCUGGACCCCAAAAGCAAUGAAUACAAGCAGCUCAAACAGGAGAGAUCAGAGGCAUGAAACAUGAUGGUUUAUCCAAUCCAAAGUGAAUUGAUGUUUGUUGUUGGGUGGAAAGAAAUGUUGUAUCAGAUCAUGGCGAUGACCUAGUUAUUGACAUGGUUUUUGGAGCGUCUCCACAUAUUAAUAGUUGAUUUAAGUACUACUAGGGAAUGGUGGCCUUGUGCAUAAUUCUGAUACAUCCUGGUUUGUCCCACUGAAGUGACCCUAUCCUGGUGAUUUUUUUCCUCUGAUAACAGGUGAUGUGGAAAGCCGUGGAGCGUGCUCUGGGUCCAGGAUUCGAUCGAGAGAAACUCGAGGUGAAGCUGAUUGGAACUCCAUUGACACAUAAGAGAUUCCUCAGGAGGAACAGAGGGACCUAUGGACCUGCAAUCGAAGCUGGUAAGGGCACAUUUCCUGGACACUCUACUCCCAUAUCUCAGCUUUACUGCUGUGGGGACUCCACGUUUCCUGGGAUCGGAGUCCCCGCAGUUGCUGCUAGUGGUGCCAUUGUUGCCAACUCCCUCGUCUCAGUGGCUCAACACAACCAGCUGCUAGACGCCAUUGGAAUCUAAAGCCACUUCCUGCAACAGCUUCUCGACGCGCCAUUGAGUCAUCGUACAGUUUACUGUGAAAUAGAGACAUCAUUGAUGAAAUUUUCUUGUUUGUUUCAUCGAAAGUCAAAGCCCGAGGGGUGUUUUUUUUUGUCUCAGUGUUGUUGUCUGGAAGCAAGAACUUCGAGAUUGCCAAGGUUGACUGCCAUUGACAUCUUGGAGUCUUCUGUUUGAGUAAGGGCAGCAAAGUAACAGCAAUUAGACUUGUUCAAAGGUCCAUUCAUUGACAAAGUAGUUGUUGUAUUAUCGUACCAGUCAAAGUCUACUGCCAUGGAAAUGAUAUUAACUAUUGUAUUAAGUCUUUCCUUGCUCCUCCAUAGUCAAAUAGCAGGCCUGC